ACCUGUAAGAUCGCCUCCUUGAUCCCAUCAGACAGUGGAGUUUACUGGUGUUCGUCCAGAGAGGGAGCAGCCAGCAGCAGCAUCCAGCUCACUGUCACUGGUGGAUCAGUGAUCCUGCAGAGUCCUGUCCUCCCUGUGAUGGAGGGAGAUGACGUCACUCUGAGCUGUCUAACAAAGACCAUUCCCUCCAACCUCCCAGCUGCUUUCUAUAAAGAUGGCUCCCUCAUCAGGACUGAGCCCAAAGGUCACAUGACCCUCCACCAUGUGACCAGCUCUGAUGAAGGCCUCUACAGGUGUAACAUCAGGGGUCAUGGAGAGUCUCCGUCCAGCUGGAUCUCUGUUGAAGGGAAACCAACCACUGCUCCUCCUCCGCCUACAUCCUCGCCUCCACCUCCUCCUCCAUCCCUCACUCCUCCACCUACCUGCUCCUUCACCACCUACCUCCAGUGUCCUCCCGUCCUCAUCCUGUUUCUCUCCUGUGGUUCUGCUUUGGUUCUGUUCUUCUUCCUGGUUUUCCUGGUGAGCCGAUGUAUCCAGAGGAAGCCUGAAGAAGCUGGAUUUAAUCCCCAGGAGCUCGAACACAGCAGAGUUCUGACCUCGGUGCUGAGCUGCACAACAAACCAAGCAGCUGCUCUGACUGUGAGUCCCAGCAGAUCUCAGUUCUUUGCUAGAGACUCUGUGUCUCUGAGCUGUGAGGAGAACAACAGCUCUGCUGGAUGGACUGUAUGGAGGAACACAACCAGAGGAACCAGGACUCAGUGUGGAGAUGGAUGGGGGAAACCAGCUGGAUCUACCUGUAACAUCAGCUGGUUGUUCAUAUCAGACAGUGGAGUUUACUGGUGUUCGUCCAGAGAGGGAGCAGCCAGCAGCAGCAUCCAGCUCACUGUCUCUGGUAAGAUCAGACUGUGGAGUUAGUGUUGAUGAAGCUGUGUGGAAAUGGAUGAAAUGCUGUAGUUUGUCUCUGUGUUGAGGUGGAUCAGUGAUCCUGCAGAGUCCUGUCCUCCCUGUGAUGGAGGGAGAUGACGUCACUCUGAGCUGUCUAACAAAGACCAUUCCCUCCAACCUCCCAGCUGCUUUCUAUAAAGAUGGCUCCCUCAUCAGGACUGAGCCCAAAGGUCACAUGACCCUCCACCAUGUGACCAGCUCUGAUGAAGGCCUCUACAGGUGUAACAUCAGUGGUCAUGGAGAGUCUCCGUCCAGCUGGAUCUCUGUUGAAGAGGAAGCCUGAAGAAGCUGGAUUUAAUCCCCAGGAGCUCGAACACAGCAGAGAAACGUCAACAUCUGUAGUUUACUCAGCAGUGAGGACAGGAGACGUCCAUCAGGGACAAAUCACCUGCAGAGCAACCAGGAGCAGAGACACAGCUGCUCCAUGACACCUUGAAGAUCAAUUUCCUUUUUUAAUUGACUCAGAUCAAAUCUGCUGUAAAUAUAGCUUCAGAUAGUGACUGUGGUUGAAAAUAAAAUCCUGUUUUUGUCCUCACUGAUGUCUGACUGCAUCAUGUCUUUCAUCCUGGAGCAUCUCAGCUCCAGCUGGGUUUUCCUGCAGCUCCAGGCUGAGCUGACCUUCUGGAAACAUCUGUAGAUGUUUGGAACCAGUUCAUCAUCUGCAGCUCUGCUCCACUAAGACUUAGAACCAGACCAACCUCUGAGGAGAUGAACAAGAGGAGAGCUUCUGAGAACAACUCCAGAGUCCUGUUCUCUCUGAGGAACAUCAGAGCUGCUCUGCUCCAGCAUGCCCAGGACAGAUUGUGCUUCCGGGACGGAUCGGGUAGUGACACUGCACCCCAAACUCUCCUAUACCUCUACAUAGUAGAGGAGCUACUGCGCCUGUACGACUUUUAUGAGAGUCAAUGGGCAAAGCUUCUGCACCCCAGUUCGUAAAUACGUAACGAAGCUGAGGAAAAAUCAAAAUGCUUUACUCGUCAUUAAACAUCAAAUAUUUAUCUU